AGAAGUGAGGAAAACAUCUGAGUAGAGAGUUUGUAGUUGAAAAUAAUAGAAAAACACAAUAAAUUAAUUAGAAAAAACUGUUUUAACAUUGGCAUGAAAGUAAAAGUUCUACAACAUGGCUGACAGUGCAGAAGAGAUCGAAUUGUGUCAGAAUAUUGGUCCACAUGAGUUGGUAGAGGUCAAAUCAAAGGCUGUAGUAAAGUUCUCAGCCGUACAGGUGCCAGUAAGUUUUAAUCGCCUACAAUGCAAUACCAAUCUGAAUCUGCCCCCAUCCAAUUGGCUCACAACAUCAAACAAUAGCGGCUUGCACCAGGCCCUUUACCAGUCUCCCGGCUUUGCUAGCUUUAGCAUUGCACACAUGUUUCCCGACUGCGUAGGCGAAGUGGACGUUGUUACCGAUGCGGAAAAUAUCAAAAGGCUUUUAAAGAUGCCUUACACUUCGAAAAGUGCUGUUAGUAUGAUUGUGCACAAAGUGGGCAACACACUCCUACUUGACGAGUUUGAUAUACAAAAGUAUUUGCUGCGCAAAGCCGAUGACGAUUGGAAGUGGCUACGAACUUUUAUACUAGAACAUAUAUUAGCAUAUGGUGAAAAAGAUCACAGCUUCUGCUUAAAGGAUAAAUCUCGAGAAGCAUUACAAACUAAGAAUUUGCUCUCGAAGUUUCUCUACUACAGCUUGAAGCAAUCGGGUGCUGAAGCACCUGAACCCGAAACACAACGUGCACGACCUGCUUUACCCAUUACAGGGCCCGUGCUACCUGAACCAAAGGUAGAAGAGAAUGUGCCUGAUCCAAAAUCCAGUCAUGUUUUCAAUCGUAAUGUGCUCUGGACAUUUGAAGACAUACGCAUGCUCAUUGGCACCGAUAUGCCAAUAUUUGGUGGUCCCAAUCGUCCUUGUAUUAGUCUACGUUUACGUGAUAUGGCUAAGCCCAUAAAUGUAUUGACUGGUAUAGAUUACUGGCUUGACAAUUUGAUGUGCAACGUACCGGAGGUGGUGAUGUGCUAUCACAUAGAUGGAAUCGUGCAAAAAUAUGAGAUUAUCAAAACCGAAGAUCUACCUUAUCUGGAAAACUCACAAUUCUCUCCGCAGGUGGUGCGCAAUGUUGCACAAAAUAUAUUGGCAUUCCUGAAAGCUAACGCCACGAAAGCGGGCCACACCUAUUGGUUGUUCAAGGGGCGCAAUGAUGAUGUGGUCAAGCUGUAUGAUCUCACAACACUUUGCCAGAAGGAUACCGAAGCAAAUAGGUGUGAUGAAAAACAGGAAAGUCCCUUCACUGUGCCUGUUGCUAUGCUCUUGUACACAGUGGCACGUAAUAUGAAGAAUACAGCCACGCAGAUAACACCAAAAAUUGCAGGUAACAUUAAAGCUUUGCUGGAUAAUUGCAUUAAGUUGCUGCCCAAAGAGAAAUAUCCACAGAUUGUGACAUCUUCGCAUUAUAUACUGUCCGAUUUGCAUUUGCCCGCUGGCAUUGAUCCCAAAGCACCCAAGUUUGACACUUCGGAUUUUGAUUCCGACACACAAUCUGUUUAUGAAGAAGACGAAGACGAAGAUUUGGGUAGCGAUGAUGAUUUCAAUUUGAAUGAUGUACACAAUGAGUUAAGUGAAAGUGCUGAACACAGUGGUAAGGUGGCGAUUAAACAAAUUUGCGAUACCCUAAAGGAAUUGAAUUUGGAGGCACAUAUGAAGAAUGGCAAACGUGCACCACGCGCACCCUCGCCGCUACAUGUUGGUGUAGAGGAUCGUUGUCGCAUUUCUUUAGAGCACAUCAGCGCCGGCAUUGCUUGUUUGAAGUUUUUCAAUUCGAGUGAGGAAAAGUUUAUUAAAGAAAGUGAAGUACGCGCUAAAGAUGAGGAGAAACAACGUAUUUUAUAUGAGGAACAAAAUCCAAAUAUGGCAAAACCCUUUAAACCCAUACCGCUGCCUUAUGAAAGUCUUACGAAACAAACAUUAAAUGGCAUAACAGAAGCUCAAACAAAGUUGGACGAUAUACUGGUUGUUAAGAACCAAACGGCAGCACUUAGUGAAAAGGAGAAAAAGUCGAAAAAAUCGAAAGCGAAACGCAAUAAAGGCAAAGAAUUGAAAGAAUGCCAAACUACAAAGGCGGAAGAGAAUCAAGGACAAGUUCAACAGCCCAUAACAGAGGACAAACGUAUUGCAACGAAAUUCAAUACACAACAUUUCGGUUCAUGGAAUGUACAUUUGAAAUUACUGCUGCUGGAAAAGGCUUGCCUCACUUAUGCCACCUACGCUGAGUUCUAUUAUGUAGAGCAGAAAUAUGGUAGUUGCUUAAAAGCUAUUUAUAUGGCCUGCCGUUGCCAGCAAGUGGUUUUGAAAUAUUUGUCUGGCAUUGUUUCGCAAAAAAGUUGCUUAUUGGGACGCGCAGGUGAUUGCUUCUUUCAAAUGACUAAAAAUUGGGAUGAAAUUGACAAUUACCUGGAGCAAUUCCAUGAAGAGACAGAAAUUGCGCAAAAUAUUAAUAAUGAAUUGGUGAAGGAUUUGGAUGGUGAGGAUCUCAUCGAGUUAAUAACACCUGUGGCUAAUAUUGAACAUUUGAUGGUCUCCAGUUGCAAGAGUUAUGAAAAUGCGCUUGCGUGCGUUGAUGAGGUAAACGCCGACGAUGAAGAUGCCAAAAGUGAGUUGCUGCGACGCUUGGGUAAUGUACGAAAUGAGUUGGGCCUAAAAUACAUGUACUGGGCGCAAGAGGAAUAUGCAAAAGAAAUGGCAAAAAAAUCCGAUAAAUCGUCGAAUGAAAGUGAUUCUAUAGAAACCAGCCUCACGGGAAACAGUCAAACGGACGAAAAAGAAAUAAAAACUGCUAAGGACAAAGAAUCCUCAAAACCGGAGGAGCCAGUAUAUAUGAAAUUGGCAAUGAAAUCGUAUGAUUGUCUAAUACGCGGCAUAUCGGCGUUCAAUGAGGUGCAAGAUAAUGUAAAUUUGGCCUUCCUCUAUUGUAAUAUGGGGCGUUUUAUGCGUUUUCGGGCACAUUUGUACUUGCCUGAAGAAAACAUUGAUUUUGUCCACAAACAGAAAAUGUUCUACAAUGAGGCAUUCUUGAAUUAUGAAAAAGCGAAAGAGGUUUUAGGCUCACGUAAAUCCAGCCCAGAGUUGUGGGAUUUGGUAAAUUGGGAACUUUCAACUGCUACAUUUACAUUAGCGAAGCAAUUGCAAGAUUUUAGCACAGCUGAUGAGGCGACGCGUGCCGAAGUUGAGAAACAGGUGCUGGAUUUGCUGCAAAAGUCCUUAAAACUAUGCGAUUACAAACAAAUCGGUUCCCGUCAAGUUCUUUACACUUAUCGUGCUGGUCUAAUACAUAAGCGCAUUGCUUCCUUCCAUUACAGCCAAUUGCGUAAUAGCUGCACUGACAUUUCCACAGUACCCAAAGCCACCUUACAGCUAUGUAAGCAUCAGUAUGAACUCGCUGCUAACCUAUUGGACGGUUUAAGUGAGGCUAGUGACUAUCUAGUGGUACAACUCGAACGCAUUUCACUGCAGGAAUUCUUAGCCGAUCUAUCACCGCAUAUUAGCCAAAAAAUUAAACACCUUCAAGCCGCUUUGUCCUUAUGUCUGAGAUCAAAAGCAGUCUUUGAAUAUGCCUUAAACACGAAUAAUUCUACAGAUAACAACACAUCGAAUGAUGAACUUUAUAAACAUAUGCUAUUAUUUGAAAGUCGUUUACAGAAUACACUCAAAACAUUAAUAAAAAUGUUGCUUAACGGCAAGGAUCCGAAAAAAUUAGUUGAACUUUAUAAAAAAAUGUAUAUGGCAACAUUGACAAGUAAACGGCCAGCUAUGGGUGAGCAAGAGAACAUGCCAGUUGAAGAGUUGGCCCAACAUUUUGUCACUUUAAUGGAGCGCCUCAAUGAGUUGGAGCAGACGCAUAUACCCAAUGCAGCUGAAAAGCUUUAAACUUACUUAAACAGGUCUUAAUUUAUUCUUCUACACCAUUUUCAAGUACCCAUAAGUAUACUAAAACACUACUCGUGUGCAACAAUUUAGUCUUAUUUAAUACAUACAUACAUAUGACUGGAUAUAAAAUAUCGCAUAAGUUUUGCAUCGCAUUGUAAUUAAUUUUAAGUAAGAUUUUAAUAAGUUUCUGUUAUUAGUCUCAUAGUAACAAUUACUAAAAUAUAUUUGUUUGGAGACACUGGUUUACAUAAAAACACAUUUAAUGGA